UAUCUUGGCGAUCGAAUCUAGCUUCCAAGAUGAGUUCUUUAUCUCGGCGGACAUCGAGCAUGAAUGCAAGUUCUUGGAUGUACCAGUUCAUCGACAAGUCAAAAGUUACCUCUCCACACACCCCACGAUCCGGUCCAGGAUCCCUACAUCACAGACCAUGCUGUUCAUUCUUCGAAGGCCAAAGCCUUACCCCUGAGAACAAGACAUGCCACGAAUGCGGCUAUUCUCAAGCACACCACUUAGCCCGCUUCUCACUAAGCGACGACCUCGACCUCAUCGACACCCGGCUCCAAGACGCUUUUGGAAAUACUCCUCUUCAUCAUGCCGCCGCAGCGGGAAACACAUUGCGGGUCAUACAACUCAUGUCCAUGGCUGGCAGGAUCUUGACUCCUGGUUUGCACCACCGGAAUGCCGACGGACAAACAUACCUACACGUGCUUCGCAUCGAGAAUCCUCAAGACUUCCCAGAUCUCAUGACCAUUCUCCAGCAUGCGAAGGAACAAGGAGUGCGAUUGUCAGAGCGCGAUCAUUCAGGCUCGACUGUUAAGAUGAAGCUGCAGCAAUUGGUCUUGGACUGCAAUUUCGAUAGGUCGCAACAGCUUGAAAUCAAGAAGUUUUUCGAGCAAAGUCCCAAAGCCGAAGAGAAUCUGAUGAGCAGCUCUCUACUCGGGUCGGUGACUGUAUCCUGGGCCUUGCCGAG